AUGGAUUCUGUACCAGGGCUGACCAGCGUUUUGACUUUGCUGUUCUCUGGUUUGUGGCAUUUAGGAUUAACAGCGACAAAUUACAACUGUGAUGACCCAUUAGCAUCCCUGCUGUCUCCAAUGGCUUUUUCCAGCUCCUCAGAUCUCACUGGUACCCCCAGCACAGCUCAGCUCAACUGGAGAGUUGGAACUGGCGGCUGGUCCCCAGCAGAUUCCAAUGCUCAACAGUGGCUGCAGAUGGACUUGGGAAACAGAGUGGAGAUUACAGCCGUGGCCACGCAGGGAAGAUACGGAAGCUCUGACUGGGUGACAAGUUAUAGCCUGAUGUUCAGUGACACAGGACGCAACUGGAAACAGUACAAGCAAGAAGACAGCAUCUGGACAUUUGCAGGAAACAUGAAUGCUGACAGUGUAGUGCACCACAAGCUAUUGCACUCAGUGAGGGCUCGCUUCAUUCGCUUUGUGCCCCUGGAAUGGAAUCCAAAUGGAAAGAUUGGCAUGAGGGUGGAGGUCUACGGAUGCUCCUAUAAAUCGGAUGUUGCUGACUUUGAUGGCCGAAGCUCACUUCUCUACAGGUUCAAUCAGAAACUGAUGAGCACACUCAAAGAUGUGAUCUCCCUCAAGUUCAAGAGCAUGCAAGGAGAUGGGGUCCUAUUCCAUGGAGAAGGUCAACGUGGAGACCACAUCACCCUGGAACUCCAGAAGGGGAGGCUUGCCUUGUACCUCAACCUGGAUGACAGUAAAGUUCGACUCAGCAGCAGCCCACCCUCCGCCACCCUGGGCAGCCUCCUGGAUGAUCAGCACUGGCACUGGGUCCUCAUCGAACGGGUGGGCAAGCAGGUGAACUUCACUGUGGACAAACACACACAGCACUUCCGGACCAAGGGUGAGGCAGAUGCCCUGGACAUUGAUUAUGAGCUUAGUUUUGGAGGAAUUCCAGUACCAGGAAAACCUGGGACCUUUUUAAAGAAAAACUUCCACGGAUGUAUUGAAAACCUUUACUACAACGGAGUAAACAUAAUUGACCUGGCUAAAAGAAGAAAGCAUCAGAUCUAUACUGGCAAUGUCACUUUUUCCUGCUCCGAACCACAAAUUGUUCCCAUCACAUUUGUCAACUCCAGCAGCAGUUAUUUGCUGCUGCCCGGCACCCCCCAAAUUGAUGGGCUCUCAGUGAGUUUCCAGUUUCGAACAUGGAACAAGGAUGGUCUGCUUCUGUCCACAGAGAUGUCUGAAGGCUCGGGGACCCUGCUGCUCAGCCUGGAGGCCGGAAUCCUGAGACUGGUGAUUCAGAAAAUGACAGAACACGUAGCUGAAAUCUUUACAGGCAGCAACUUGAAUGAUGGCUUGUGGCAUUCGGUUAGCAUCAACGCCAGAAGGAACCGCAUCACUCUCACUGUGGAUAAUGAAGCAGCAUCCCCUGCUCAGGACACCACCCGGGUACAGAUUUAUUCUGGAAAUAGCUACUACUUUGGAGGGUGCCCCGACAAUCUCACCGAUUCCCAAUGUUUAAAUCCCAUUAAGGCUUUCCAAGGCUGCAUGAGGCUCAUCUUUAUUGAUAACCAGCCCAAGGACCUCAUUUCAGUUCAGCAAGGUUCCCUGGGGAAUUUUAGUGAUUUACACAUUGAUCUGUGUAGCAUCAAAGACAGGUGUUUGCCAAACUAUUGUGAACAUGGAGGAAGCUGCUCCCAGUCCUGGGCCAGUUUCUAUUGUAACUGCAGUGACACAGGUUACACUGGUGCCACCUGCCAUGACUCCAUCUACGAGAAAUCCUGUGAGGUUUAUAGGCACCAAGGGCACAUGGCUGGAUUCUUCUACAUCGACUCUGAUGGCAGUGGGCCCCUGGGACCUCUCCAAGUGUACUGCAACAUCACUGAAGACAAGAUCUGGAUGUCAGUACAGCACAACAACACAGAGCUGACCCAUGUGAGGGGUGCCAACCCAGAGAAGCCCUAUGCCAUGGCCUUGGACUACGGUGGCAGCAUGGAGCAGCUAGAGGCUCUGAUUGAUGGCUCCGAGCACUGUGAGCAGGAAGUGGCCUACCAUUGCAGGAGAUCCCGCUUGCUCAACACGCCUGAUGGAACGCCAUUUACCUGGUGGAUCGGGCGGUCCAAUGAAAGGCAUCCUUACUGGGGAGGGUCUCUUCCCGGAGUCCAGCAGUGUGGUUGUGGCCUGGAAGAGAGUUGCCUGGACAUUCGACAUUUUUGCAAUUGUGAUGCUGACAAGGAUGAAUGGACAAAUGAUACUGGCUUUCUUUCCUUCAAAGACCACUUGCCUGUCACUCAGAUAGUUAUCACUGAUACCAACAGAUCAAACUCAGAAGCUGCUUGGAGAAUUGGUCCCUUGCGUUGCUAUGGCGACCGACACUUCUGGAAUGCUGUUUCAUUUUAUACUGAAGCCUCUUAUCUCCACUUUCCUACCUUCCAUGCGGAAUUCAGUGCUGAUAUUUCCUUCUUUUUUAAAACCACCGCUUUAUCUGGAGUUUUCCUUGAAAACCUUGGCAUUAAAGACUUCAUCCGACUUGAAAUGAGCUCUCCUUCUGAGAUCACAUUUGCCAUUGAUGUUGGGAAUGGCCCAGUAGAACUUGUAGUCCAGUCUCCUUCUGCUCUGAAUGACAACCAAUGGCAUUAUGUCCGGGCUGAGAGGAACCUCAAAGAGACCUCCCUUCAGGUGGACAGCCUUCCAAGGAGCACCAGAGAGACUUCAGAGGAGGGCCAUUUCCGGUUACAGCUGAACAGCCAGUUGUUUGUAGGAGGAACAUCAUCAAGGCAGAAAGGCUUCCUAGGAUGCAUCCGCUCCUUACACUUGAAUGGGCAGACACUGGACCUGGAGGAGAGGGCAAAAGUCACAUCUGGAGUCAGGCCGGGCUGCCCAGGUCAUUGCAGCAGCUAUGGCAGCAACUGCCACAAUGGGGGGAAGUGUGUGGAGAAGCACAGUGGCUACCUCUGCGACUGCACCAAUUCACCAUAUGAAGGACCCUUUUGUAAAAAAGAGGUUUCUGCUGUUUUUGAGGCUGGAACAUCAGUUACGUACAUGUUUCAAGAACCCUACCCUGUCACCAAGAAUACAAACCUCUCAUCUUCAGCUAUUUACACAGAUGCGGCUCCAUCCAAAGAGAACAUUGCAUUCAGUUUUGUGACAGCUCAGACACCCAGCCUCUUGCUCUUUCUCAAUUCUUCUUCUCAGGACUUUCUGGCUGUCUUGCUCUGCAAAAAUGGAAGUUUACAGGUUCGCUAUCAGCUAGGCAAGGAAGAAACGCAUGUAUUCACCAUCGAUGUAGAGAACUUUGCCAAUAGAAAGAUGCACCACCUGAAGAUUAACCGAGAGGGGAGAGAGCUUGCCAUUCAGAUGGACCAGCAGUUCCGGCUCACUUACAACUUCUCCCCAGCAGUGGAGUUCAGGACGAUAAGGUCACUUGUCCUGGGUAAAGUCACAGAUAAUCUUGGAUUGGAUUCUGAAAUUGCUAAAGUGAAUGCCCUGGGUUUUGUUGGAUGCCUUUCUUCAGUCCAGUACAAUCAUAUAGCACCACUGAAGGCAGCCCUGCGUCAUGCCACUAUCGCACCUGUGACCGUCCAGGGGACCUUGACGGAAUCUAGCUGUGGCUCCAUGGUGGAUUCAGAAGUGAAUGCAGUGACCACUGUGCAUUCUUCAUCAGAUCCCUUUGGGAAGACAGAUGAGCGGGAACCACUUACCAAUGCAGUUCGGAGUGAUUCAGCGGUCAUUGGAGGAGUGAUAGCAGUGGUGAUAUUCAUCACCUUCUGCAUCAUCGGCAUCAUGACCCGCCUCCUUUACCAGCAUAAGCAGUCACAUCGCACUAACCAGAUGAAGGAGAAGGAAUAUCCAGAGAAUUUGGACAGUUCCUUCAGAAAUGAUAUUGACUUGCAAAACACAGUCAGCGAGUGUAAACGGGAAUAUUUCAUCUGA